AUGUCCAACCAAACCACAGUGACUGAAUUCCUUCUCCUGGGAUUCUCCGAUGUUAGGGAGCUGCAGAUUUUACACUUUUUGGUGUUUCUACUGCUUUACCUGAUAUCCCUGCUUGGGAACCUUCUCAUUCUCACAGCCAUAGCCCUCGACCACCAUCUUCACACCCCCAUGUACUUCUUCCUCAUGAAUCUGUCCAUCCUAGACCUCAGCUCUGUCUCUGUCACCAUCCCCAAAUCCAUGGCCAAUUCCCUCAUGAACACCAGGUCAAUUUCUUAUUCUGGAUGUGUCAUCCAAGUCUUUCUCCUCGUCUUCUUUGCUUCAACAGAUUAUGCCAUACUGACUAUCAUGGCGUAUGAUCGAUACGUUGCCAUCUGCCAACCACUAUACUAUGAGACUGUGAUGAACAGGAGAGCUUGUGUUCAAAUGGCAGUCAGUGCCUGGAUCAGUGUUAUUCUCUACUCUGCAGUGCACACUGGAAACACAUUAGCAACAUCCUUCUGUCGAGGCAACGUGGUGGAUCAGUUCUUCUGUGAAAUCCCCCAGCUCCUCAAGCUCGCCUGCUCUGACUCAGACCUCAGUGAAGUUGGGUUUCUCAUCUUUAGUUUAUUUUUAUGCUUAAGCUGCUUUGUUUUCAUAAUUGUGUCAUAUGUUCAGAUCUUCACCACGGUAUUGAGAAUCCCCUCUGAGCAGGGCCGGUAUAAAGCCUUCUCCACCUGCCUCCCUCACCUCAUUGUGGUCUCCUUGUUUGUUGGCACUUCCACUUUCGCGUACCUGAAACCCAUCUUCAGCUCUCCAUCAGUUCGGAAUCUCUUGGUGACCGUUCUCUAUUCUGUGUUGCCACCAAUGAUGAAUCCAAUCAUCUACAGCAUGAGGAACAAGGAGCUCAAAAGUGCACUGAAUAAGCUGAUAGGCUGGAGGUUAUUUAUUAAGAAUUAA